AAACAGCCGCUUCCGUGUUGUUCUUGUGUUAUUCUGGUUAAUAAGUGUCGUUAUCGGACCCGCAGAUCGUCGGACAGCCCCGCCGGAGUGUGACUAUCAUGAUUUUGUGAAGCUAACUUGCAGUUUUAGCUUUUCUCGCCCGACAUGUCGCUGCUGCAGAGCUCCAAGAAAAAAGACAAGCGUAUUUUGUCUGGUACCUGCCCAGACCCGAAAUGUCAGGCGAGGCUGUUCUUCCCCGCGUACGGCUCCGUUAGCAUCGAGUGCACCGAGUGCGGUCAGCGCCACGAGCAGAAGAACCUGAUCAACGUCGAGGAGGUGACCGAUCCGGAUGUUGUGCUCCAUAACCUGCUCAGAAACGCCCUGCUCGGCGUCACCGGGGCCCCCAAGAAAGGCACGGAGCUGGUCAAAGUCAUGGGUCUGUCCAAUUAUCACUGCAAGCUGCUGUCCCCGGUCCUCACCAGGUAUGGCAUGGACAAACAGACCGGCAAAGCCAAGCUGCUGCGGGACAUGAACCAGGGGGAGAUGUUUGACUGCUCGCUCCUGGGGGACAGAGCCUUCCUCAUCGAGCCGGACCAUGUGUCCACCAUGGGCUACGGCAAGGACCGGUCCGGGAGCCUCAUAUACCUCCACGACACCCUGGAGGAGGUCAAAAAAGCCAACAGCAACAGGGAGUGUCUCAUCCCGGUGCAUGUGGACGGGGACGGGCACUGCCUGGUCCACGCCGUGUCCAGAGCGCUGGUGGGCAGAGAACUGUUCUGGCACGCCCUGAGAGAGAACCUGAAGCAGAACUUCAAGCAGAACCUGGACUGCUACAAAGCGCUCUUUCAGGAUUUUAUCGACGCCGCAGAGUGGGAGGAUAUCAUCAACGAGUGCGACCCGCUGUUCAUCCCUCCUGAAGGCGUGCCUCUCGGGCUACGCAACAUCCACAUUUUCGGUCUAGCCAACGUCCUCCACCGGCCCAUCAUCCUGCUGGACUCCCUGAGUGGCAUGAGGAGCUCCGGGGAUUACUCCGCCACUUUCCUGCCCGGGUUGGUGGCUGAGGAGCAGUGCCGGGGCAAAGACGGGAAGCUCAACAAGCCCAUCUGCAUCGCCUGGAGCAGCUCAGGCAGGAACCACUACAUCCCUCUGGUGGGGAUCAAGAACACGGUGCUGCCCAAGCUGCCCGCCCGCCUGCUGCCGAAGGCAUGGGGCGUCCCGCAGGAGCUCAUCAGGAAGUACAUCAAGCUGGAGCCGGACGGGAGCUGCGUAAUCGGCGGCGACCGCAGUCUGCAGGAUAAAUACCUGAUGCGGCUGGUCAACUCCAUGGAGGAGGUGUUCAUGGAGAAGCACAGCAUCCACCCGUCACUGGUGGCCGAUGUGCACCAGUACGUGUACAGGCGGACUGGCGUGAUUGGCAUCCAGCCUGAAGAGGUGACCGAGGCUGCAAAGAAGUCGGUGAUGGAGAACCGGCUGCACCGCUGCCUGAUCUGUGGCGCCCUCUCUGAGCUCCACGUCCUGCCGGAGUGGCUGGCUCCUGGGGGGAAGCUGUACAAUUUGGCCAAAUCCACGCACGGACAGCUGCGGCCAGACAAGAACUACAGCUUCCCCCUCAACAACGUGGUCUGCUCCUACGACCCGCAGAGAGACGUCCUAGUCCCGGAUUACAAACUGAGCUCCCUCAACACCUGCAACUGGUGUCACGGCACUUCGAUGCGCCACAUCCGUGGCAACGGCUCAGUGGUGUACCUGGACGGGGACAGAACCAACACCCGCUCCCAGGGCGGGAAGUGUGGCUGUGGCUUCAAGCAUUUCUGGGAGGGAAAGGAGUACGACAACCUCCCCGAGGCCUUCCCCAUCACGCUGGAGUGGGGGGGGCGGGUGGUGAGAGAGACAGUGUACUGGUUCCAGUACGAGACCGAACCGGCACUGAACAGCAACGUGUACGAUGUGGCAAUGAAGCUGGUCACCAAGCACUUCCCCGGCGAGUUUGGCAGCGAGAUCCUGGUGCAGAAAGUCGUCAACACCAUCCUACAUCACACCGCCAAGAAGAACCCGGACGAGUACAACCCGGUGUCCAUCGACGGGGCUCACGCUCAGCGUCUCACCGAUGUCACAGAGACUCAGCCGGUGGCGGAUCCCCAGCCGCCCACCAAGAUCAUCCUGACAGGUCAGAAGGCGAAGACGCUCCACAAGGAGGAGCUGACGAUGAGCCGAGCUGAGCGCAGCAUUCAGCAGAGCAUCAGCGAGCAGGCCCUCGUCACGCAGAAGCGGCGGACGGACAAACUGAAGCAGGAGCAGAAGGGCCGGACGUCCUCCCCCCGGGCCUCUCCGGAAAUCUCCUCCUCUUCUGCUCCGGCCACGCCCACCAAAUCCUCCUCCCCCUCCUCAUCCAAUAAGGAGAAGAAGAUCCGUGUGACCACCAGCGACGGCAGGCAGGCCAUGCUGACCCUGCAGGUGCACACCACCUUCUCCGAGCUGCAGAGGAGCAUCGCCAACCAGUUUGGCGUGCCACCGGCGCAGCAGUGCAUCCGCUACGGCUUCCCGCCCAAAGAACUGCUCCCUCCAAAGGACAGCGAGGAAAAUGAACCGGUGGCGCUGCAGCACGGCGACAGGGUGACGGUGGAGAUACUGAGGGGCCCCGAUGACAAGAGCCCCGCGGCCUCCAUACCCAGAGCCUCCAGCUCGCACUCGGCCCUGCACUCGGCCAAGAGCGAGGACGCCGUGACGUCCGGGAGGAUGAGCAGCCGGGAACUCCAGGACAGCAUCGACCUUGAGAUGUCCUCCCUCUGUCUCCUAGCAACGUUAAUGGGCGAGGACGUCUGGUCGUACGCAAAGAAGCUGCCGCACUUAUUCCAGCAGGGUGGCGUCUUCUACAACAUCGUCAAAAAGGACAUGGGCCUGAUGGACGGGAAGCACUGCACGCUGCCUCACCUGACGGGGAAGACGUUUGUUUAUAACGCAGCAGAGGAGCGUCUGGAGCUCUGCGUGGACGCCGCCGGUCACUUCCCCGUCGGUCCUGAUGUGGAGGAGCUGGUGAAGGAGGCACUGGUCCAGCUGCGCUCUGAGGCGGCCAGCAGGGGCAGCAGAGAGGGGAGUCCAUCCCACGGUGUGCUGCGGCUGGGCAGCGGCGGCGUCGUCCGCAAGAAGGAGCAGCUGCAGAGCGUCACCGCCUUCCAGGGUAAAGGCCACUCCCUGGGCAGCGCCGGGGGCUCCUCCCCUCCAGAGCACCGGCCUAUCACGCGCCAGCACAGCAGCGGCGUGGACCUGAGCGCCAGCGUGUCCCGAGGCCCCCCAGACCUGUCGGACAUCCCCGAGGACGCCACCAGGGAGCUGGUCCGCAUGGCGCCGGGCUUCGUCACCAUGAAGGACGGGCGCGGCCUGGACCCCGGCGUGAUGGAGCAGCAGCGGAGGAAGCUGCAGGAGAUGGUGUCCUCCAUCCAGGCGUCCAUGGAGCGCCACCUGAGAGAGCAGCAGAGCGCCACCAAGGAGGACGGGGCGAGCCAGGAGCGGACGAGGACGGGAGCGGGACAACCAGCGUCGACAGACGACCACGAACCUCCAGUUGCAGCCGGCGUGACGACGGCCGGCAAAUCGGACGGGAAGGCGGAGGAACCGGAGGAGAUGGAGAGCCAGGACGCCGGGCAGAGCAACGCCACCGAACCCAUGGAUCACUCCUGAUCACUCCUGACCCCCAGCGCCGCCCCGCCCCCGCCCCGCCUCGCCGGCAUCUUUGGGUCAUAACGCCUCAGGUCGGAUCCUAAAGCUUUGGUCUUCAUCGUGUUUCGUUGUCCGUACUGCAUGACAAAAGAACGAGCCGACCGUCCUCACCUCUGCAGACUCGCGGCGGGACAACAAUCCCCGAGGCGAUACAUCGAGACGCGAUCUCUGCGAUACAUCACCACGGCAACAUCACACUCCUGCUGCAGUGCUGAGGCCAUUGUGUGUGUGUGUGUGUGUGUGUGUGUGUGUGUGUUUAGACUCUAUGCACUUUGGUACACACUCCCUCAUCUCAGCUGCCCACACGCCAAACUUCACAACGCCGUAAAUAAACACACCAUCGAUUCCUGCUUUUCAGAGAAAUUAUUUUGCCUUUGGAAAAUGAAUCUUCUCAGCUGAUGAUGUAUCGUUAAUGACCGUCUUGCAGUUUAUCGCAGAGUGGCGUGCGUGGUGACGGGAUUGUAUCUUUCGCCCUGUGAGUCCCGCCCGCAGACCGUCUAAUCCUCUGGCCACACACCGGGACGUGCGGCCAAAACACCGCAAGGAUUCACGCGUGAGACGCAUUCCUGUAGAUAGAAGAAUCCUCCGAGUCUUAAUCUUAAUCUGGAGGAGAGCCGCGGGUCGCCGGCGGCGUGACGUCCUGCAAACAUGCUUCCGUUAACGUGCACGCUGUGAAAAAGGUGCACCGGCCUCUGUGCGCAUCAACGCCUUCAUCGCCAAAAUCUGCUUUUCCAACGUCCGUCCGUCCGUCUGCCUGAGGGACGCGGGGAGAACUCUGGAUCUGCGUUUGCUCGACUGCCUGACUUUUGAAAUGAGAUUUUUUUCAUUUUAUUUUCCUCCCUAACGGUCACCACUUUAAGUUUCCCAAAACACAACCUGAUGGAUGUGAAGCGCCUGAAUGCAGCUCAGAGGCGCCUGUGCCGCCUGCAGGGGAGGAGCGUUUUAUCCUCUCACGUCUUAAACCUUUAAAAUGUUGCUUUUGUUUGCUGGUUGAUGCAGCGUGACGUCGCACGUCUGCUGUCUGCAGGUUCAUCGCGGUCGCCGUCUGCGUCUGCCCAGAAAAAUGUCAAACAUCUAAGUUUCACUGUUACCACAGAGGGUUAGGGCCAUGUUAACGAAAAAUCAAUUCUGGGAUUUCGAGAAUAUUCUCAUAUUAUUAGGCCUUUAAAGUCGCAAUUUCAAGAAAAAAAGUGGUAAUAUUGCAAGAAAAAAUCUAAGAAAUUUAAAAGAA